AUGGCUAUUUCAAAGGAGAAAGAGGCCUUAGACAAGGAGAUCCUCUCUCCCCCCUAUCUUUUCAUCUUGGGCAUGGAAUACCUCUCAAGGAAUCUGGAUUUACUGAAACAGGACAGAGAAUUCAGUUUCCAUCCAAAGUGUGGAAAACUUAAAAUCACACAUUUGAUCUUUGCAGAUGAUCUCUUACUGUUUUGCAAAGGCAAUCUAAAAUCAAUUCAGAAGCUUUAUCAAUGCAUCACACAUUUCAGUGGGGUUUCUGGUCUUGAUGCAAACCCAAGCAAAAGUGUUGUAUUCUAUGGGGGGGUUCCUGAACCUGUUAAGGAAGCUAUCAAAAAUCACUUGAAUUUCUCUGAAGGAUAUUUCCCUAUCAGAUACCUUGGAGUUCCAUUAGUAAGCAAGAGGCUUUCAUUACAGGAUUGUAAUCCCCUCUUCACUAAGAUCUCCAAUCAAUUUCAGAAAUGCCUGAGUAUCAGAAAUCUGUCAUAUGCAGGAAGAAUUCAGAUUAUCAAGAGCAUUAUCCUUGGCAUUCAAAUUUAUUGGACCUCAUGCUAUAUACUACCAAUCAAAGUGUUGCAAAAAGUGGAUGAAUUAUGCAGAGAUUUUCUAUGGGGUAAAAAAGACAAAAUCCGCAAGAUUUCAUUGGUUUCAUGGAGUAAAACAUGCACAGGUACGAUAUAUGGAGGCCUAGGAAUCUUUUCUUCAAUAAUUUGGAAUUAUGCUUCAGCAAUGAAGAUACUAUGGGAUAUACACUCAAAUAAAGAAUGUUUGUGGAUAAAAUGGAUUCAAGGAACAUAUCUAAAGCACAUGGAUAUUUGGCAAGUGGAAAUUAAAAAUAGUGAUUCUUGGAUGUGGAAGCAACUCCUAAAAGCCAGAAACAAAGCAUUACAGUAA